AUGGUUGGUUAUAACUUGAUAGAAUCUAAUUCGAUUAACUUGGCUCAUAUACAAGAUAAUGAACAGCACCAAGAACCAAAUUCACAUCUGCAUUUAUACCAUCAUUAUCAAUUUGUUCAACAACAACAACAUUUCCAAUAUUUGCAAAACGCUCUUGCUAGUACAAUGAGUCAACAACAACAACAACAAUUGCCAGACCAACAAGAUUCACAAGAUCAACCCAAUUCUCAACUGCCACUGCCUUAUCAUCCAAGCUCAGCUGUGUUCAAACCUAACUACAUGCAAGAUGUUUUAUUGAAUGAAACUUGUAUCUUGAAUUCACCAAUGAAUUCUAUGGAUACUUCAGCUUGUACUACUACUAAAACCACACCAUUGAUGCAUCCAAUUUCUGUUCAUGAGUUUGAUCAAUUACCACUUAAUAAUAAUCAUCAUCUUCACCACUAUCAUUUUCCUCAUGAACAUGCUAAUAUUGCUGCUAGAUCAGAUAGUAUCACUACUUUGAAUGAAGAUAAAAAAUGCAUCUUACCCUCUCCACUGUCUCCAAUGACAGUUACUGAUGGAAAACAACCUCAUGACGAGUAUUUAAAUUUUGUUACUACAUUUUCAAUUCAUCCUCAAUCAACUAGUUCUUUGGUUUUUAGAAACCAUCACCAUAUUAAUUCUGCUGUGAGACAUGCAUCUUAUGAUUUGGGAUGUUCAACAUCUGAAAACGUCAUUGCUACACCAGAAUCAUCUCCUAAUAUUAGAAAGGGAUUAUUUGAAGAUAAUUCCUCUAGGUUUCCUAUUAUUCCUUCUUCUCCUACUUUCCCUGCUGCUUUAAAUUUAUCCCAUGGUAAAGUUGUUCCUCAAAAGAUGCCUAAACAAAGUGGUCCUGUUUUGCAACCAGCUUUUGAAAUCAAGAAUAUGACAACCAUUAAAAAAAUCAAUCCUGAACAAUCUGCUGCUACAGGAAGAUCUAAAUCAUAUUCAAGAAAGAACGUCAAUACUGCAAAUGUAUUAUCACAAGGUUAUGAAUCAAUGAAAAAGAGAUUACUAGCUAGAUAUUCAACUCGUUUAUUACAAAGAAUGAGACUUUCUGAAAGUGAUACCAAAUGUCGUAAACAUUGUGAAGUAGAUUUUACCAAUUAUUUGGAACUUAUUAAUCACUAUGAAGAUAAUGGUUUACAAAUGCAUUUAGAAACUAGAAAUUUUAAAUGUCCAGUUAAAGAAUGUCCAAUGAAUAUAAUUGGAUUUGAUAAAAGAGCAGAUUUAAGACAUCAUGUUCAUUCAGAUCAUUUAACUCAUGGUUUAGUUAGUGCUCAAUAUUCCAAAUAUUCUGAUGAAAUUAAAAAAUACUUGUUUGUAUGUGAUGAACCUAGUUGUGGUAAAGGUUUUUAUAGAAGUGAUACUUUAACAAGACAUGUUAAAUUGGUUCAUAAAAGAACAAGCAAUUUUACAAGAAGAAGAAGAAGAAGAAUUAAUAAGAAUCAUGCAUAA